AUGGUUGUUUUUACUUGUAAUAAUUGUGGCGAUUCUGUGAAUAAGCCGAAAGUGGAAAAACACAUACAGUAUGAAUGUAAACGAAAAAAUUUCGCAGUUAGCUUCUGUUGUGUCGACUGUUUAAAGGAUUUUAAUUAUGAGACUGUGAGAGACCAUUGUCAGUGUGUAACCGAAGACCAGAGAUAUUCUGCUAAAGGUUAUGUACCCAAACCGUCGGCUGAAAAAGGAAAACGUAAACAAGCUGGUUGGGUUGAUAUUGUUCAGUCAGUAAUGAAUAAUAAAGAUUUGCCUAAUGAACAAAGACAAUUUUUGAAUAUUAUAGCCAAGUUUGAUAAUGUCCCAAGAAAAAAAAAUAAAUUCCAGAACUUUUGUUUUUCUACAGCUCCUGCUUAUAGAAGAAAAGGAUACAUAGUUGACCAAGUGUUUGAUAUGAUAGAAGCUGAGUACAAAGCACAACUACCUCAGAAUUCAAAUGAAAAACCAGUUGAUAAUAAAUCGGGGAACUUGGUGAAGAAUGAUUCAAUUCAAGAAGAACCUCAAGAAAUUAAAAAUAAAAUAAGCAUUGGAAAUGAUGAAAUAAUUAACAAUUUAAAUGGCAAUAAUGAAACAGAGGAAACACCAAAAAAGAAGAAGAAAAAAAGUAAAAAAUCUCUUGAUACAGUAAAUAAUGAAACAGAAUCGAAAUCGGAUGGAAACGCUGAAUCACAGUCAACAAAGAAAAAGGACAAAACAGAAGAAGCUCAGCCUAACUCAGCUAAAAAGUCUAAAAAAAAUAAAAUGAAUACAGAAAACAUUGAUAGCGAAUCCAUUCAAGACCCACGAGAAAUUAAGAAAAGAAAGAUCACUGAUAGUGAAACUAUUGUAACUCUAAAUAGUAAUUUUAGUAGUGAGGAAACACCGAAAAAGAAAAAAAAAAAAAGUAAAAAAUCACUUGAUGCAGAAAUUGAAACAAAAUCAGAUGUUGAACAACAAUCAACAAAGAAAAAGAACAUAUUAAAAAUUAACUCUGGAACUGAAGACAAUUUGAAAUUAAAAGAGGACACAGCAGAAGCUCAUCCUAGCUCAACUAAAAAGUCUAAGAAAAAUAAAUCAGAAAUAGAAGUAACUAAUAAUGUUGCUUUCAAAAACGAUGAUAAUAUCUGUAAUACAAAUUGUGUAGAAAAUAAGGAAAAUGGAAUUUUUCAGGAAAAAUCGGAAUCAGUAAUGAGUAAAAAAGAAAAAAAAGAAAUGAAAAAGAAAAUGAAAUACCAACAUGAAUUAGCAACUGUUACCAAUGGUAUAAUAGAAUCAGAUAAAGAACCAAUAUCAAAAAAGAAAAAAAGGAAGUUAAAUAAUAAUGAAGAAAAUGAAGAACCAAAACAAAAAAUGUUGAAAACUGAAGAUGUCCCCCAAGUUCCAGAAGUACAGUCCGGGCGUAAAUUCGAUUGGAAUGAAGCUAUUAAUCAAGUGUUGCAAACUAAAAAAAAUAAACCAAUCUCAUUAAGUAAAGUAAUGAAAAGAGUUAUGAGUGAAUUUCAUUUUUUGAACGAAGCUAAAAAAUCUGAAAGUGAUCUAGAAAAGAUAUUUCUCAAAAAAAUUAAGAAAAUGAAAAAUGUCAAGAUUGAAAAAGAUAAGGUACAAUUAGUAGAAUGUUAA